CGCUUUGGAGUAGGGUUGUGUGCGCAGAGACGAGCGGUCCAUAGUAAAAAAUUUUCGGUUUGCUUUGUUGACGAUCGGCCGCCUCGAUGGUUUCCGUAUCUACUGUUUCUAAUGACCGUUCGCGUCAAAAAUGGUACCGCAGACGCCCAUUUUUGGUAAAAGCAGUGUUUACAGAUUUGCAAAACGGGAGUUAUGCUGCUGCCGUUUAUUCCAUAGUGGAAAGUGCAUUUAUGAUAAUAUUGGCUAUAUUUGAUAUAUAUUGCUUAGCAGAAGCCCAACCUGGAUCAGUCCAUUAUAGAUAUUUUGGCAUAAGCUUUCUCUUUGUUUAUAGUGGUAACCAACAUGUUCGAAAUCUGCUGAUUUUCUGCUCAGUCGUUUCAUUCGUUCUCGCUGUAUGCCUCAUGGCUACUUCUGUGAUACUAAUGAAAGCACUAAAGAAGGAAUUCGAAGGAAAAUUUAGGCCAUGGCUUCUUUCUAUGUUAAUUUUCACGAUUUGGAGGGUGGUUGCCAUUUUCUACAGAUCCAUUGUCAAUGAUUUAUAUUUUGGUUAUCAUCAAGCUAUGCUGAUAAUCUGGAUACUCUUAAUUGGUUUCAAUGUGUUUAUGUGGCUGAUUGUGAUGUCGAAUUAUCAAGAACUUGCUGAUAUAACUAGACUGGAAGAUAUGGCUAAGCUAAAGAUGGGCACUAUGAGCAGUUUGAAUCAGUCUCAUUCUCUGUCUCGCCACUCUGUGGAUUCUGUGAAGCAGCAGUCAUUUUCUAGACAUUCGGAUGAUUCUACAAAGCAUGCAUCCAAUAAUACAAGAUCCACUACACCUAAAAGUUCGGCAUCAACCAAUUCAGCUUAAGCAUUUUCUGAAAGUUGUUAAUCAUUGUGUAUUUUUGAUUUCAUGUAUAUACAUUUUGAGUGGGUUUGUUGUGAUAGAAAUAAUAGAUUCCGUGAAAGCGUAUCACACUUUUGAAAUUUCUGAAUGCUAUAAAGUUUCAUGAAAUACUGUUUGUCGAUCACGAGAGGUGUCCCUAUAAUAAGUAUGCUCGUCAAAGAAACAAGCAACGUGCUAUCUCUAAAAGUGGUAGCUCGUCUAUUCAGAAAUGAGGGCUGCUACAAAAAACAUUUCACAAGAAAGAGAAUACAGUUCAAAUGCAAUUCUUAAAAAUGAGCUUUACCACUAAAUAGCUUAAAAUUAAUUUUUAAAAAAUUAACACCAUGCGUUUUUUCGGCGAAUGAUUUCUACUAAAAGAAAACGAAUAUACAUUAAUUGCCAAACUUGUGAAAACCUUUUGAAAAAAUUCAUCUUGGAAAAUUUUUAAUGUGUAAAAAUAACCAAACAAGUUAAAAAGCAAAAAGUAAACUUUAAGAAUAAUUUUAGGAAUUGCUGCAGAUCUGUAACCCUGAUGGCCGAACCGCCACUAGUCUUUAAUCAGUGGUAAAUUUGGCAAUUCUUGGAAGCGGAAAUUUUCAAGACCGAUAGGAGAAAUAGAAGUUAUAUUAUCAGUAAUAAAUGCAGUAAUUGAACUUGAAACACUUUUUAGCAAAUUUAGAUACGUAUGAGAUCAUUUUUCAGUAUCUAACCAAUCGAAAUCUCUUGUAGUGGCUUCAAUUUAACUUGUCGUCGACUGUAAAUAGAGUGAUAUGACGAAAUUGUUAUUUACAUUGCCGCUGAAGUACAUUAAUACUGAACGAAUUAUUCCUGCGUUUUACAAUUACCGAUGAGCAGAUUUUAUUUCGAGUUAUUUCUCUCGUUAGACAGACAGUAUUUGUGUGGUAAUUUUCAAGCUAGAUGCAUCUGGAUGAGCAUAGUGAUGAUAAAUCAUUAAAAUACCAUUCAAUAUUUCAGAAACAACAGAGUAAGCAGCUAUGAUUGUUUCAUUCAUGACGAUCCCUGCAAAGAAAACAAUUUAUUGAUAUUUUAUUUUGAGGUGUUUAAAACUCAUAAACAACAUAUUAAAAGCGCACAUCACAAAUGAAGUGCCUUUUCAUUAAAACUUAUGAAUAAGGUAGCCGUAGAAUAAUUUUACCCUAUCUGCAUCUAAAAAUAAUGAAUCGAAUGAAACAAAUUUCAUGUGAAGAUUCUGGAAUGCAUGUGGAAAUAAUUUCUGCAAACAGAGAGAAAAAAAAAAUGUACCGGAUUUUGCCGAUGUUGUAUCUUGCACGCAGGGAAGGUCAGCACAUUUAAAAUGCUGUAUAUAGACCAAAGGAUCCUGAUGUUAAUUAACAAAAGAUUGUUCUCUGUGAAUUCCCGACUGUAAGUCAUUCAUUUCUGUAUGCAUACUUUCUUAUCACUCGGACAUUAAUGAAAUUUUAUGUAAUCCAUUUUCCUUGUGUUCAUUCUAAUCAUUGACCCGGGUUCAUCCCGACAGUGCCAAAAUCUCUUCUAUCGCGACAUUUGUUAUUUUUUAUAUUUUCUUCGGGAUUCAACUCUCCAUGCCUUCCACAAUCUGUGCAUGAAAUUUGGAUUCAUUCCAUUCAUUAGUUUUAGCUGCAGAUGUAUCAAAAAGGAGAAAGUUAUCUAAUUCGGAAAAUGUAGUAUUUUUAAUAACACGCAUACAUGUAUUUUUUUAUUUUGCUUUGACUGAAAUAUUGAAUGUAAUUUUUGCUUACUUUAAUUUUGCUUUAUAGAGCAUUGAGCAUUAAUUAAAUUUGCUUUAUAGAGCAUUUCCCUGGUGAAUUAGUUGCGCAUUCGUUUGAAUCUCUUGAAAGUUAAAUCGUCAGAUUAAAAUAUCAUUCAUUUUUCAAUACUGUGGUACCUUUAACAUUCCAUCUACUUUAUAUAAAUUUAUAUAUUUUCAUUAUAUACUUGUUAGUUAUUUUCUGAUAUAUAUUUGCAAGAUUAUAUAGCUUAGCAUUAAGCUUACCCACCACUGUUGCUGAUUCAUGAUUUUAUUGUUUAUAUUAUUAGAAGAUAUACAUUGUGGUUGCAUUUUAUGUAAAUUUAUAGAUUAUUUUCAUCAUUUAUGUCGUUAUUUUCGUUUUGUUAUUUGUUGGUUGUUAAAAAAAAUACAAAGAAUAAUUAUCUGUUCAAUCACUCCUGUUGUUUAUGUUGAAAUCUGUAAAGAAAUUAAUUCUUAUUUGAAUAAAACUGUAUUUUAAAUAAAAAUAUGGAAUGAAAGAGAUCUUUUUGUUUAACAAUAAAAUAAAACUAUUCAUUAAAGGAUAUCGCAAACAUAUAUAGUAUAUUUUCAUACUUAAAAAAUAUUACAUUAUUACUUACAUAAAUCCUAACUUUUUUUCUAUUAUUUCGAAUAAGAGCUGGUCUCACUUCAAUUAUAAAUUGGAGGCAUUUCUCAUGCUUUUUGUUAUCAUGAAAUUAGUAUGCCCAUUUAACCACAAGUAACUAUGCAUAAUUUUGUCAUAAUUUGAUUUUGCAUUUUGUUAGUCAUAAUUUGAUCCUAUAAGGUGCUGAUUAUAAUUUUGACGUAGCAUGUAGCUUAUUUCGUCAUUAAAAAAUCGCUUUAUGUGAUGCAACUUAAAUUAUGAAAAAUGUAUCUGAGUAUCUGUUAAGGCAUUAUUAGUCAUAUUUUAAUAGUUUUAUGUUGAUCGUCUCAUGCUAUGGUUUAAUUAUGAUUCUAAAAAUUUUCACUUAUCAAUUUUCAACCAUUUUGCCACUUAUUGAAAAAUUCACUUGCAUAUAUUGUCAAUUUUUAUUCCCUGUUUGAUGUAUAUAACAGAGCAUUUUAAAAUUUCAUUUGUUGUUGAUUUUUAUAUCAUUCUUUAGUAAUGUUCAAAAACACGAUGAUGUGUCUUUUCUAAGAAUUUAUACUGUGCAAUACAAUGCAUUUAUCUAUUUACGAAUUUCUUGCAGAUGAAAAGAACACUUUUGAAUCUCUUACAAUAUAUUCCUUGCAGUACAAUAUAUAAAAGGGUUUAUUUCUAUCUUUGAAACUAAUGUUUUUGUGGUCUUAUUGCUACAUUCAUUGUAUUAUAUGUGCAAUU